AUGUCGGCGACACAACUCUCAAGGCUUCUGCCUCUGCCAGACGAGGAGUUGAAGCAGGUAUUGGACUAUGCAGCCACUUUAUCAAAGCCGGAAGCUGUGGAGCACUUCAGCAACCUGCUUGGCGAUACGCCUGACGCCAUCGAUUUCAUAUCAUCAUUCAACUCGCGGCGACAAGACCCAAAAGCUGCUGCAUCGCAACCACAGUCGCAGUCACAGUCGCCCGCCCAGUCGGACGUUGAAUCUGUGCCUAGACAUGCGAGGCGGCCCCAGAAGAAAAAGGCGAAUAUCCACAUCCCUGCGCCGCGACAAGUGGCCAAUCUUGGACUUGCGCCUGGCACGGCUUACAGCAAGAAAGGUCUAGAGGACGACUACAUUUCAAGGAGAUCCAGCCCAGCCGCAGGUUCAAGUGCCUUUGCGGCCCCUACAAAUCCGCCGCCUAGAUUUGCGACGCCUCAGCCCCCAAAGCUGCCCCCUUCUGCAACUGGUCACUUAAUAUCUGAGGUAUCACGGGCAAAGCCAAAAUCUACACCUGUGUCUCGAUCGUCGACGCCAGGCACAAAGACCAAGAUUAACAUCUCGGGCGGCACCGCUAUGCAUGGUGCUUCCACGACUGUGUCUGAUGUUGAUGCUGCUAUUCGUGUGCUGGAGAUGACGACAAACCCAACAAUGAACGCAGAUGACCCUGCGAGAAAAUGCAACUGCGUCGCAGCACGUCAUCCUCUUCUCGCUGCUGCUCCCAACUGUUUGAACUGCGGCAAGGUGGUUUGUGUCAAAGAAGGCCUGGGUCCAUGCACUUCUUGUGGUACUACUCUACUGAGUCCUGCUGAGGUCCAGUCGAUGAUCAACGAGCUAAAGCAAGAGCGAGGUCGUGAAAAGAUGGCAGCUAACAAGGUUGCACACAAGAAAGCUGAUGUCUCCCGAACUCCCGCGCCUUUCUCAAAACCACGAGAGGCGCCGGAAAAUCUCAACGCCGCGGAAGCAAAGGCAAAAGAGCACCGUGACAAGCUGUUAAGCUUUCAAGCCCACAAUGCUCAGCGAACGACAGUCCGAGAUGAAGCUUCCGAUUUUGACGUGGGCGGCGCAAUGUCAGGAACAGGGGGUAAUAUCUGGGCGAGCCCAGAGGACCGUGCUCGUGAGUUGAAGCGCCAGCAGAAGAUCAUGAGGGAAAUGGAAUGGAACGCGAAACCUGAUUACGAAAAGAGACGCCAAAUAGUGAGCAUCGACCUCGUGGGGGGCAAAGUUGUUCGCAAGAUGGCAGCAGUUGAGCGUCCACCAAGUCCAGAUGAAGAAAUCGAACCCACAUUUACGCCUGCUCUUGAAGAGACAAGUGGUAACAGGGGGAAAGGUGGAGGUGCUUUCUCUCGAAACCCUCUGUUGGGAGGUCUCAUUAAGCCCGUCUUCGAAGCGAAGGGUAAUGGCACGGAGUUAGAAGGACGCAAGGACCGGAAAACGAGAUGGCGGAAAGUUCAGGACGAUUUAGAUAACAACGAAAGCGUGAUAUUAGAUGGUGGUGCUUACGGUGGAUCUGGGGCGACGGAGCGGGCCACUACUGGUGAUGAGCCCGCCUGUGGUUAG